AUGAAGGAGCACUGGGAGAGAAAAGCCCGGCAGGUUCCGGAAUCUCCAGUGAAGCGCUCCAGAGAAGCAACAAAGAAAUUGAAGUAUCUGCUUGAGCCACCUGUUUAUGCCGAGGUAACCAGCCCUCGGGGAGGAAAUGCCACUUUGCCAUGUGUACUGCGAUUCAAACCAAGCCAUUACAAGGUGAAAUGGACAAAACUGGAACCACUUCGUCAUGGAAGCAAGAACAUUGUCAUGAUCACAAACGGUUCAGCCCACAAACCUUAUGGCCUGCUUGGGCCACGGGCCUCGCUCCGUAAGGCUCAUGCCAUGGAUGCCUCACUACGACUCAGCAACCUGGAACUAGAAGACGAUGGUAGAUAUCGCUGUGAGGUGAUCAACGGUAUCGAGGAUGAGAGUGUCAUCAUUACAUUGGGGAUAGAAGGGAUGGUGUUUCCAUAUCAGAGCAAAAACGGCCGCUACAAAUUCACCUACCAGGAAGCUAAGGAGGCCUGUGUUGAACAGGAUGGCACAUUGGCCACAUUCAAGCAGCUAUACAGAGCCUGGACAGAGGGUCUGGAUUGGUGCAACGCGGGAUGGCUCAUCGAUGGGAGAGUCCGCUACCCCAUCCUGCACCCACGAGCAGAAUGUGGGGGGGAGCUGCCGCCUGGCAUUCGCAGCUAUGGCCCCCGGGACAGGAUCCGGGACCACUUUGAUGCCUUCUGUUUCACCUCUAGAACAACAGGCUUUGUGUUCUUCGUUGGAGGGCCACUCACGUUUGGGGAGGCAGUGCAGGCAUGUAGGGGUGAGGGAGGAGAGUUAGCUCUGGUUGGACAGCUCUAUUCAGCCUGGCAUUUCCUGAGCUAUGACCGCUGUAAUGGAGGUUGGUUGAAGGACGGCAGUGUGCGUUUCCCUAUCACCACCCCUAGAGCGCGCUGUGGCGGUAUUCCCGAGGCUGGGGUGCGCACCUUUGGGUACCCCAACAAGACCCUGCGUCUCUAUGGUGCCUACUGCUACAGGUAG